UUGAUACUGGCCGACCAUAAAAGGCUCUUAGCUGAAAUGUUUAUAGCAAGUUAUCCGAAGAGGUGCCAGCGUUUCGUUGAAUGUUGUGUUUACGUAUCCAGCUAGGUGCUACUUUAUAAGAUGUGGCUUCAAAUCACUGAUACACAUUUCUUUUUCUGUAUAGUUCACGUGAACUCAAACCUGGUUAGUCUUGCGUGGCCGGGUUAGCCGCCGACUUCACACCAAGACGUUUAUCUGAACAGUUUCCCCCUCAUUCAUUUUAUGUCAAGUUUAUACAUGAUAGUCUGACAUAUUCAAAAUGCGUACGGUUCAUAACACAUUGUACAAGAACUGGCAAUCUGGUAGAAGGCAUUAGGCCAGAGUGGACACUCACAUAUGUAAAAACAACACAAGUUCUGUAAAGCCCAACUCUGUCACAUACUGUAUUUAUCCUUUAAAUGCAUGGGAAUUUCACCAAACACUUUUACAUAUUUGGGUCUUUAGAGACACGGCACUUAUUUCUAUCACAAAUUAAUCUACAAAAUGCUUAGUGUCAAAUUUUAAAAAUAUUUGUAAGACAAUUGGAAUAAAAUACAAUAGUAAAAUUCAACAGAUCAGGACAAAACUAAACUAAAACAGAAUUCAUUACUUUAACACUGAAAUUUCAUGAGACACAACUGGCUGUUCAAAAACACAUAUUAAGAUACACAUAACACAUGAUCUACACAUAAGGAUUUACUCAGGCACUGAGUCUAGAUGCACAACUUACAUCAUUUCAGUAGUAUUUGUUGUACUUGCUAUAGUUUACUUCCAUGUUAUUUCUUCAUCAAAUAGCAAUGUCAUAUGUAAAUCAAGUUAGUCACUAACACAUCAGUGCCACCUUGAGUAAGAAAUAGCAUGUAUAAUAUGUAUGCAGACACGCAUGUGGGAUACUGAUAAUUCAGCAUUGUCGCCCAGAAAAUCAAUGUGAUAUAAUAUUUAUUUUUACGAAUAUAGUACAAAUUUAUCUUGUAAUGAACAAAGAAAUAGAUAUCCUGUGAAGAUAUGAAAUAAUCAUAAAAAAUAUAAUUUAUGGAGGUGUGAAAAAACAGCAAUACACUCUUACAUACCUGGUCUCUUAAUGGCACUAUACACUUUUGGUACUUAAGCCAUUGUAAAGUGUUAUUUAUUUAUUUAGCCUUUUGUGUGUGUGUGUUACACUAUUUAUGAGAGCCUGAGGAAUACUAAAGAGGGGUGGGCAUAACUCCAAAAAAUGGAUGAGGUACAGGGGGUGGAAUGAGGUCCCGGGUCACUAAAGACACAAGGCAGUGAUGUAGUGGCCAGCAUGGAAAUCUCAGAACCAGUGGCUGCAGUGGAGAAUGGAGAGACAGAUGCCAGCACAGUGGAAACGUGGGAGCAGAAGGGCGAGCCGGAUGUGGAGGAACCAAGGCGUGGAACCCUGGCAGAGAUUGGAUGCUGUGGGGAUGAGGCACAGGAUGAAAUGAUGGAGGAAGAUGAGGAGAUGCCCACCCCCAAACUGCCUCCUCCCCCACCGGAUGCCCCUAAAAAAGAACAUGUUAAUGUUGUGUUCAUUGGACAUGUGGAUGCAGGCAAGUCAACAAUUGGUGGACAGAUCAUGUAUCUAACUGGUAUGGUGGACAAACGAACGCUGGAUAAAUAUGAACGGGAGGCGAAAGAGAAGAACAGAGAGACUUGGUAUCUUUCCUGGGCUUUAGACACAAACCAAGAGGAAAGAGACAAGGGGAAAACAGUAGAAGUUGGAAGAGCCUACUUUGAAACAGAGAAAAAGCACUUUACUAUUCUUGACGCUCCAGGCCAUAAAAGCUUUGUACCCAACAUGAUCGGAGGGGCAUCCCAAGCUGAUUUGGCAGUGCUGGUCAUCUCUGCUAGAAAGGGCGAGUUUGAGACCGGUUUUGAAAAGGGAGGCCAGACAAGGGAGCAUGCCAUGCUGGCCAAAACAGCUGGAGUCAAACAUCUGAUAGUCCUCAUCAACAAAAUGGAUGAUCCCACUGUGAACUGGAGCUUGGAUAGAUAUGAGGAAUGUAAAGAGAAGUUAGUGCCAUUUCUGAAGAAGGUUGGCUUUAAUCCAAAGAAAGAUAUUCACUUCAUGCCCUGCUCUGGACUGACAGGAGCUAACUUGAAAGAGCCUUCCGAGUUGUGCCCCUGGUAUACGGGAUUACCUUUCAUUCCACAUCUGGACAGCCUUGCAAACUACAACAGAUCAAGUGAUGGUCCUAUCAGAUUGCCUAUUGUAGACAAAUACAAGGACAUGGGCACCGUGGUGCUUGGGAAGCUGGAGUCGGGAAGUAUCGGCAAAGCACAACAACUUAUUAUGAUGCCAAAUAGGCAUACAGUGGAGGUGUUGAGUCUGCUCUCUGAUGAUGUAGAGACAGAUUUUGCCGGACCUGGUGAAAACCUGAAGCUCCGGCUCAAAGGCAUUGAGGAGGAAGAGAUUCUCCCAGGCUUUAUUCUGUGCAAUGCUGAGAACCUCUGCCACUCAGGGCGCACUUUUGAUGCCCAGAUUGUCAUUAUUGAACACAAAUCUAUUAUAUGCCCUGGUUACAGUGCAGUACUACACAUCCAUACCUGCAUAGAAGAAGUGCAGAUAACAGCCUUAAUCUGUCUGGUGGACAAGAAGACAGGAGAAAAGAGCAAGACUCGCCCGCGCUUUGUCAAACAAGACCAAGUAUGCAUCGCCCGUCUUAGAGCUGCAGGAACUAUCUGCUUAGAGACUUUUAAAGACUUCCCUCAGAUGGGGCGGUUCACCCUGAGAGAUGAGGGUAAGACAAUCGCAAUUGGCAAGGUGCUGAAGUUGGUACCUGAGAAGGACUAAAUUUGGACAGAAGUACUGCUCUGGUGCACUCUGGGACUCAUGAGGAUACAGUGGUGUGCCUGCCAGAUGUCCUUCAAACUGUUCCAUCUCCCCACUGUGGAUCAGUCUAGAAGAAAAUUACUUUGGACAAAAGGACCUUUAUCAAUUUUAGGAAGAACAUUAAUAUAGAAAGACAAGCUCAGUGUGACAGCUUUCUCAUAUUGAGAGCUCAACUAUGCCACUCAUGUAGCCCAAUUCUUGCCAGUUUCUGGUACACAUUUAAUCUAAAAAUGGAUGCAGUUUUCUUUUAAGGCAUUGGCUUUUAAAUUUUAUGUUGAAAAUACAGAUGUCAGAAGGAGUCUUAGUGUCAUCUCAUUAAAAGGUUAAUGCCAUACCUGUGUGCACCUCCCAGCUUUGAAAUCAUUUACCCUCCAAAAGAAUGUAGGGUUUCUGAUUGCAUAUCACUUUGAAUUACAGCAUUAUUGGGGCAGUUAGAGAUAUUUGACUGUUCAUUGUAGUGUGAAAUAAGGUCCAACAGGGUCUAUGCUUGCCAGUAACCUUGCUCUUUUACCUGGCAAGUCCUGCAAGAGUGGUAAUGGUCAAGUUCAUAUUGUGGGCAGGUCACAUCAGAGAGAUACCAUGACACUUAUGGUAGAGAUGUAAUUAUGCACAAGAUGACCAGAUUAAUUUGUUUACAGUAAUGUCAUUAUAUAACAAAAGACAAAUGCACUAAAGUGGUUAAAAAAUAACUCGUCACAUCAGCUGGUGUAAAUUCUGUACACUCUUGUUGGCGGAUGUAAACAUCAAACAUAAAAAAAAUAAUAAUUAAAUUAAACGAAAUAUGGAUAAUU